AUGAAGAGUUACACGACGGGAUGCGAGCUCGGUGACAGAGCAGAACAGCCGGUGGGCGAGAAGCCGGAAGACCAAGACGAAGGCGAAGGCGAAAGCGACGGUGGUGAUGCGAUUCCAGUCCAUCCGCUGGGCGUGAAGCCCUCUGGCAACGGACUGGUAGCGGCAGGAGACAUACGGCCUGCCAUGGGCGUCUUUGGCUUGCUGCCGGACGAGCUGGUGUUGACGGUGCUGGAGUCGUUUGAUGCCUCGACGCUGAGACGACUGGGAAUGACAUGCAGGGCUCUCUAUGCAUUUACUAGGGCAGAGGAGCUCUGGAAGGCUCUUUUCAUACAGGCAUCACCGUCAAGCUUCUCAUGGCAGGGAGACUGGCACUCGACAUAUCUCAACCUGCCGCAGUCAAAGGCCGCCUCGCCAGACUGCUCGCAGCUGUUCUCAGACACGCUGCACCGGCCGUUCCAGUGUGCCCAUCUCUCCCUGGCCGCUUGCUAUGACAUACCGUCUAGGAACAGGAUACCCCGUCUGGCCAAUAUGACUCAGGCCGAGUUUGACCAGUCAUGGGCAGACAAGCCCUUCAUCCUUACCGAGCCAGUCAAACAGUGGCCGGCCUUCAAGUCGUGGUCUGUCGGACAAAUACUAGAAACCCAUCCAGAUACCCUCUUCCGUGCAGAGGCAGUGGAUUGGCCGUUCAGGACAUACGUAGACUAUAUGAACAACAACUCCGACGAGAGCCCGCUGUACCUCUUUGACAAGAACUUUGUCUCCAAGAUGGGACUACCUACCGGUCCUGAAGAGGCUGUCUUUCAACCACCCUCAUGUUUUGGAACUGACUUGUUCGCUGUACUGGGCAACCAGCGGCCAGAUAAGGAGUGGCUGAUCAUCGGCCCUGCAAGGAGCGGGAGCACCUUUCACAAGGAUCCCAACGCCACAAGCGCAUGGAACGCCGUGCUGCGAGGUUCCAAGUACUGGAUCAUGUUCCCUGGUUCGGCAUCCCUACCGCCUCCUCCAGGCGUCUAUGUCUCUGCCGACCAGUCAGAAGUAACCUCCCCCCUCAGCAUUGCAGAAUGGCUUCUCAACUUCCACGACGAGGCGCAGAACACUCCCGGCUGUCUGGAAGGCAUAUGCGGCGAAGGAGAGGUCCUACAUGUCCCCUCGGGCUGGUGGCAUCUGGUAGUCAAUCUGUCAGAGUCGAUAGCCAUCACGCAGAACUUUGUGCCUCGCAAACACCUCCGUUCCACCCUGGACUUUAUGAAGAAUAAAGCAGACCAGGUAUCUGGUUUCCGAAAGGACGUCGAGGAUCCGUAUGGCUUGUUUGUCGAGAGAAUGCAAGAGACCUAUUCGGACAUGCUUGAGCAGGCCCUGCUUGAGCUGGAGGCAAAGAAGAAGAGAAAGUGGGAUGAAGUAGUCAAAACUGCGAAUGAUUCUACCGCUGACUCUGCGGCUGGAGGUGGAGGAUUCAGCUUUGGAUUUGGCGACGACGACAGUGACGCCGAAGUACCAUGA